AUGGCUGCACUGGCUGGUCUGAAGGUGAUUGAAAUUGCCGGUCUGGCACCCGCUCCCUUUGCCGGCAAGGUGCUCGCGGACUUUGGCGCAGACGUAGUCCGUGUCGACCGCUCAACCUCCGCCAUGAACUUCGAUGUCCUCGCCCAGAACAAGCGCUCCAUCGCUCUCAACCUCAAAUCGCCUGCCGGUAUCGAGGCUCUGAUCCGUCUUUGCGAGAAGGCCGACGUCGUCAUCGAGCCCUUCCGUCCCGGUGUCAUGGAGAGACUUGGCCUUGGUCCUGACGUGCUCUUGAAGAGGAACCCUAGACUGAUCUAUGCGAGGAUGACUGGUUUCGGUCAGGAGGGCCACUAUGCCAAGAUGGCUGGACACGAUAUCAACUACCUCGCCAUCUCUGGUGUCUUGAGCACACUGGGCAAGCACGACGAAAAGCCCGCGUUCCCAAUCAACCUCCUCGCCGACUUUGCUGGCGGUGGACUCAUGUGUGCUCUCGGCGUGCUCCUGGCCCUCCAAGAACGCACAAAGUCAGGCAAGGGUCAGGUGGUCGAUGCCGCCAUGAUUGAUGGCGUUAAUUAUCUCGGAUCCUUUGUCUACAACAUGAACAAAGUCGGUGCGCUCUUCCAAACCCCCGCCGGUACUGGUCAGUUGGAUGGCGGUUCACACUUUUACGACACCUACAAGACCAAGGACGGACUCUUCAUGGCCGUGGGUGCGAUCGAGGUCGAAUUCUACAAGCUAUUGCUUAAGGGAUUGGAGCUCGACGAGGAGAAGGACAAGUUGCCAGAGCAGAUGGAUUCAAGCAACUGGCCCAAGAUGAAGGCGCUGUUCACAAGGAUCUUUUUGAGCAAAACCCAGGCCGAGUGGGUCAAGAUCUUUGACAAGACCGAUGCAUGUGUUACGCCUGUGUUGGACUACUACUCAAUGCCAACACCUGCUCCCGCACCAAGACUUCUUAGGACCCCAGCAAAGUCGCCUGUCUCCAACGAUGGGACGGACGUGUUCCUCGAAGUCGGCGGCGAGAGCAAGAAGAUCUUAGUUGAGGCUGGAUUCUCUGAGGAGGAGAUUAGAGAUCUUGUUGCAAAGAAGGCUGUGGCAGGAGCAGGUCUGGAAAAGUCGUCGCUGUAG